AUGGAGCAGACCGGCCUGUUCCACUGGCCGGCCCUUCCGCACCCCGCCCUCGUCGCGACCACCACCGCCGUCGCGACCGCCUCGCUCCUCCUCCUCGCCAAGCUGACGCUCUGGCCGCGCAACCGCCCCGUGCUGCAGAGCCCGCUGAAAACCGUGAUCCCGAGGACGCCCAAGACGGAGCUCGACCAGCUGGCCUACCUGCCCGACACGUUCCCCGGCGCGAGGGACGUGGACACGCCGUACGGCUCCAUCCGGGUGUACGAGUUCGGCCCCCCCGCCGGCGACAAGGUGCUCCUCGUGCACGGCAUCAGCACAAGCUGCAUCGCGCUGGGGCGCAUCGCGCACGCCCUCGUCGCGCGGGGCUGCCGCGUCAUGCUCUUUGACCUUUUCGGACGCGGCUUCUCCGACGGCGUGGGCGACCUGCCGCACGACGCGCGCCUGUACACGUCGCAGCUGCUGCUGGUGCUGGCGUCGUCGCCGCUCGCGUGGACCGGCGCCGCGGGCUUCCGCCUCGUGGGCUACUCGCUGGGCGGGGCCGUCGUGGUGCCCUUUGCCAACGCCUUCCCGCACAUGGUGUCGUCGCUGGUGCUGCUGGCGCCGGCGGGCCUCAUCGACGCGGCGGCGUUUGGCGCCGUCUCGCGCUUCGUCUUCUCGAGCGGCCUCGUCCCGGAGCGCAUCCUGGCCGUCCUGACGGGCCGCCGGCUGCAGCGCCCGCUGGCCUCGUCGGUUGCCGCGCGCGCGCGCGCCGCCGUCGCGCUUGCCGCCGCCGAGGCCAAGGCCGAGGCCGCACCCGGCACCGACACCGACACCGACACCAGGACCGACACCGACACCGACACCGGCUCCGGCUCCGCGGGGCCGCCGCCGCUCGAGGCCCGCGUCUCCGACUACGUCCGGUGGAUGGUCCGCCACCACGACGGCUUCGUCCCGGCCUUCAUGUCGUGCGUCCGCCACGCCCCGCUGACGGGGCAGCACCGCCAGUGGCGAGGCCUGGCCACCAGGCCGCCCGGCACCACGGCCGUCAUCCUCGCCCGCGCCGACGAGCUCAUCCGCGCCGACGAGUACGCCCACGGCCUGGAGCUGGCCGGCGGCGCGGGCCGCGUCUUCUGGCGCGUCGUCCCGGGCGGGCACGACUUUGUCAUGACCCACGUCGACGACGUGAUGCGGCAGCUGGACGAGUUUUGGGGCCCGGGGAGACGGGCGGGGGCUGCUGUAAACGCCCCCGGGCGCGUGCACUUGUAG